AUGGCUAUCUUCACACUCACCAAUUUCGCUAUAUCUCUUCUCAGCCUCUAUGUCGCGCGGAGAUUGUAUUGGGAGAUGACAACUGGUUCACGCAUCCGCGCCUUCGCCAAACAACAUGGCUGUCUUCCCGCGAAGGAGCGUCAGACGCCUUUCACCCUUGGCGCAGCAUUCUGGUGGGGCCAGGUCAAGGCGAUCAAGGAGCACCGCCUCUUGCCAUAUAUGGCGGGUCAAUUCAAAGAGGUGGAUGGACAUACGCGACACCACUAUGUCCUGGGCACGGACUUCUUCACUACGGAUGACCCUGAGAACAUUAAGGCGGUGCUGGCGACGGAUUUUAGUAAGUGGAGCUUGGGUCAGGAGAGGAUUCAGGAGAUGAGUUCUUAUUUGGGGUAUGGGAUUUUUGUCAAUGAGGGAAAGGCGUGGAAACAUUCGAGAGAGAUGCUUAGGCCGUGCUUUGAGCGGAGUCAGGUCGCGGACGUAAAUAUGUUGGAGAGACAUACGCAGAGGCUUUUCGAUCUGGUGCCAAAGGACGGGACGACGGUGGAUUUGCAGCCGUUGCUGCAUGAUCUGAGUAUGGAUGUGGCGACGGAGCUGCUGUUUGGUAAGAGCACGAACGCAUUGAGUCGAAAUGAAGACGAUCAUGAAGUCAGAGACUUCUGUGAUGCGUUCGACUACGCAUCCAACCCUUUCGAGCGCGAAGCCUUUAAGAAAUGGGGAGCAAUCACACUCUUCCUACCCGACCGACUGAAUGCUGCAAAAAAGAAUCACGUCAGAGUCAUGCAAGCCUUUGUAGAUCACAUCAUCGACGCCCAUCUCACACAAUUGAAAAGUUCCCCAGAUGAGAAGAGGUACAAUUUCAUAUCAGCACUCUUCGAAUCCACCGACAAUCGUACCACCAUCCGCAGCGAACUCCUCAACAUCCUGCUCGCGGGCCGCGACACUGUGGCUUCCCUGUUGUCCAAUAUCAUAUGGGAACUCCCGCGGCACGCGCACAUCCUCUCCAAACUCCGUUCCGAGAUCGAGGAGACAGUUGGCGACGCAACACCGACGUAUGAGCAGCUAAAGGAUAUGAAAUUUCUCCGCGCAGUCGUGAAUGAGAGCCAGAGAUUGUAUCCCAUCGUGCCCGUCAACUCGCGGGAGGCAUUGCAAGAUACUGUAUUGCCGCGCGGCAGCGGCGAGGACGAGAAGAGUCCAGUACUCGUGCCGAAGGGGAGUUAUGUCGCGUGGAAUAUGUACAGUAUGCAGCGAAGAGAGGAUCUUUUUGGGCAGGAUGCGGAGAUGUUUAGGCCGGAGAGGUGGCUGGAGCCGGGGUUUAGGCCUGGAUGGGCAUAUGUACCCUUCUCUGGCGGGCCGAGAGUGUGUAUUGGACAGAACUUCGCGCUAACGGAGACUAUGUAUGUUGUUGUGAGACUGGUGCAGGGGUUUGAGAUUGAGAGGAAGGACUUUGAAGAGUGGAGGGAGAAGUUUAGUAUUACUUGUACGGGGCUGGGUGGGUGUAAGGUCGGUCUAACAGCUCGGGUUUCGUAACAUGAACGACUAGGGACGGCUUUGUUGUGUAUAUAU